AUGUCAGGAGUUAGGAUGCAAAAGAAGAACAGAAGGGCUUUGGGGCAAUCCCUGGAAAUGGCACAAUUUUUGGAUUCAGGUUCGAAUAAAAUAAAGAGAAGGAUUAGGGAUCUAGAGAGAUUACUUAAGAAGAAAAAAGACAUUCUACCGUCUAAUAUCAUUGUCGAGAAAGAGCGAACGCUAGAAGCGCUAAGGUUGGAACUACAUAAUCAUGAGGUGAAAGAAAACAUUAGAAAGAAUGCUAAGAAAUAUCAUAUGGUAAGGUUUUUUGAGAGAAAAAAGGCUCUGAGAAGGUAUAAGAAGGCAUUAAAGACAUACAAAGCUGAUGAAAAUGAGGCUAACAAAGAAGCUUUAGAAAAUGCAGAGGUUGACUUGUGCUACGUGGUAAAUUUUCCAAAAUCAGAAAAGUACAUAUCAAUUUUUACAGAAGAUGACACAGAGGCAAGCGCAGAAACUAAUCUUAGAAGGAAAGCUUUCAGACAACUUGUCAGAGGCAAAAUUGCUGAUAAGUCUCUACCUGUAUCGUUAUCAAAUAUUCUAGCUGGUAAAAAGCUUUCUGAGGAAGCAAUCGGUGUUACAUUGGAUGAUGCAUUAUCACGUUCUAAUCAAACAGAUGCCUCUCAUCAAGAAUCUGAUGAAGACAGUGAUAGUAACGAAAACGAGAAAGAAGAAGAUGACUUCUUUGAGUAA